GGAGUUUCUUCUUAUCCAGCAAAUAGUGAUAGUUGUUGUUCAACUCAGCUUAUCGAUGGGGAUGGUACAUUCAAUGUUUCUGGGAUUGAAAAAUUCAUGAAGGAGGUGAAAUUGGCUGAAUGCGGGCUUUCAUACGCUGUAGUUUCUAUAAUGGGUCCUCAAAGUAGUGGCAAGAGCACGCUAUUAAAUAAUUUGUUUGGCACCAACUUCAGAGAGAUGGAUGCUUUUAAGGGAAGGUCUCAAACAACCAAAGGAAUCUGGAUGGCUAGAUGUAAUGGCAUAGAGCCUUGUACACUUGUGAUGGAUUUAGAGGGUACAGAUGGAAGAGAACGUGGCGAGGAUGACACUGCUUUUGAAAAGCAGAGUGCUCUAUUUGCUCUUGCUGUCUCGGAUAUAGUGCUAAUAAACAUGUGGUGCCAUGACAUUGGCCGUGAGCAAGCUGCAAAUAAGCCACUUUUGAAAACUGUCUUUCAGGUCAUGAUGAGAUUGUUUAGUCCACGAAAAACAACAUUGUUGUUUGUCAUACGUGAUAAAACAAGGACACCACUUGAAAAUUUAGAACCUGUUUUGCGAGAAGAUAUUCAGAAGAUAUGGGACUCUGUUCCUAAACCUCAGGCCCACAAGGAAACCCCACUAAGUGAAUUUUUCAACGUUGAAGUUGUUGCUCUUUCUAGUUUUGAAGAAAAGGAAGAGCAAUUUAGAGAGCAGGUUGCUAGCUUGCGACAACGAUUCCAUCAUUCUAUUGCUCCUGGUGGGCUUGCAGGGGAUCGGCGUGGAGUAGUUCCUGCUUCUGGCUUUUCUUUUAGCUCUGAGCAAAUAUGGAAAGUCAUUAAGGAGAACAAAGAUCUCGACCUUCCUGCACAUAAGGUUAUGGUUGCUACUGUACGUUGUGAAGAAAUUGCCAAUGAGAAAUAUGCCUCUUUUGUUGCAAAUGAGGAUUGGUGUCAAUUGGAAGAGGCUGUGCAAUCUGGCCCUAUUCCUGGAUUUGGGAAAAAGCUCAAUUCACUCCUUGAUACUUAUUUAUCGGAGUGAGUAUAGUUCAAUUUAUGUAGCAUCUGUAUUUGC